AUGCUCAGAAAGAAUUUAUUUUCACCUUUUUUGUGUUUAUUAAUAUAUUUACCAUAUUUGAGCUAUGGUUUGUCAACUCCUUUAGAAGAUCCAUUAUCUUCACAGAAAUUCAAUAUUAUAUAUGUUUCAUCCUUGGAUGAAACUCUAGAUUCUUUGGUACAAUCCCAUGGUAAUGGUACACUUCUGACACUUGGAGAUGAUAUGAAAUGUCUUAUACCGAAUGAGACUAAAAUGUCAUUUUUACAGCAAAUUAAUAAUAAUGUUACCAUAUGGAAUCAAUUGCUUGAAGAGUCCUUAAGUAAAGGUUUGGAUAUCAUUGAUUCAACUAUGCAUUCAAAAUGUUUGUCUCAAGGGAAUGGGUUUUGGAAAUAUCAACUUUGUUAUGAUAAUGACAUUUUACAAUAUCACAACUCACCUAGUGAUACUAAAUUUGUUAACAAAUUGGGUUCAUACUUAGGAAUAAGUAACUCCAGUGAAGUGACACUAAUUUUCGACAAUGAGAUUGGCUAUUAUAUAAGCGAAUUUUUAGAGCCUGGAGAUAUAUGUGAUUUAACUGGCAAAAAAAGAGAAGUUGAAGUCCAAUAUGUCUGUGGAUUAAAUAAGGAUUCUCCAACAUUACAAUGGAUAAAAGAAGUUGGUACAUGUAUAUAUGAGGCAAGAGUUAUGCUCCCUGGUUUAUGCAGUUUAGAAUUAUUUGCCAAAAAUGAGGAUAAAUUAUCAGCUACUCAAAUUGUAUGUCAAAGAUCAGGUAAGCAAAAUAAUGGUAAUGUUUCACACAUUUAUAACAUUGAAGGUGGCAUUGUUGAUAUUGUAGCAGAUUUUGAUCCUACUUUUUUAAAUAAUGAAAUUUUCUUGUUAAAUCCUGUGGAUAUAAAUCAACGAUUGAUAUAUUUAUUAUAUACUGGGGAAAUGACAGAUACUGAUGUUAUGGAAGCGGCAUUAUUUAAUAAAUUUAAAAAUGCAUUCAGUACAAUGAUUGGUGGAAAAUUGUUAAAAGGACCUAACAAUGAGAUAAUAACAUUGAAUGAUAUUUUAGAAUGGUGGGCCCCAGUAAUUAAUUCAGAUGGUGAGUUAUUAUUUACUGUUACCCUAAAAAUGUUGUCAAAAGGUAAAGCUGAAUUAUACUUAACAUCAAAAAAAAAUAUUUAUUUUCCUAUGAAGACGGUAAAUGUUGUUAAUUUUAGUGCUCGGGAUGACAAUGAAAUAAAUAUAGCAAACCAGGACUCACAACUUCAAGAAAAGAUAGAGGAGAAUAUGGUAAUUAAAGAACCGGAAUCACGUGUUAAAAUUGAUGGUAAUAAGGCUACUUUAUUUUUGAAAAACAGUAAGGGUGAAGUCGUAUCAAUACAAAGAAUACAAGAAGCAGAAGAUCACUAUAUUUUUCUCUUUCAUAUCCUGGAUGAAAAUGGUGAACCUAUUUCUAUAAGUAAUGAGGCCACAGAUGAAUUACUCGUGGAUUUAUUUGAAAAUUAUGGUAUGGGGUCAGUGCUUGAACAACUGGAAGACCCUGAUAUGGUCAAUAAUAAUAUUAAUAAUGAAAAAGGAAAGAUUGAGUUUAUUUCCCCUCAAAUCGAAAAGCAAAGCAAUUUCCAUAUAACUAAUUCUGGGGUGUACCAACAAAAAUCAGAAGAUAAGGGCUUCAUUGAUGUGUCUGAAAGGAAUGAAAAAGUCGUUUCUUUUGAAAAUAUUAGAUCUGACGAGAUUUUAGAGGAUGUAGAAGACAACUAUCAUAAUACUAAUGAGAAUAUUCCACCAAUAGAAGAAAAUGUUUCUGAAAUUGCGGAGGAUGAACGACAAAUCAAAAACAAUAUUAAAGUUGUGACAUCAUUGGAAGAAGAGCAAGUUAUUGACACCAACAAACAACAGAAUAUUGAUAAAUUAGAGACUAAAGUUACUACAAAGGGCUUGGGUAGUCAAAGUGUCGAAUUUAUUGAGAUAGCUACCAAACAUGAUUCUGUUUAUGAUAAUCAAUCAGAUGAUAUACAAGAAGUUCAAAAUAUUUCGACUGCAUCUUCUUGUACUGAAGAUACGACUGAUUAUGAACUUGAUUUUACUUCUAUAUUGAAAGAGAUUUUAGAUGGUGAGAGAAUAUCCGAUGAGACUAGUACUUUAACUUUUCCUACUUCUAUAAAAACAGCCAUCAUAGAUAGCAUUGAAUAA